AGUGAUGGCACUCCUGCUUAGGGCUCUAGUGCUACCCGUCUUUCUGUCCUCGGUGCCCUGGGUGACAGGGUCAACGUUCACCCUGCUCCUGUCCUUGCCCAACACCUCCAUGCCCUUCAGUGUGGGCAGGAUCGGGGCGGGAGCCCUCAUCGCCAUCGACGCCGUGAACCAGAGCCCCGAUCUGUUGGCAGGUCAGUACACAGAGACAUUGUAUAGUAUAUAAUAUGUUAUAUAUUAUAUAAUAUUUAUAAUACAAAGAGACAGAUCUGUUGUUUGCUAUAAUGAAUGGACAAUAACGUUGUAUUGUACUAUUGUAUUGUAUUGUAUUGUAUGGCAUGCAACUGCUGGGAGUCACUGAAGCACACUGAGAAACACUGGCCAAGAGGACAUCAGAAGUCAUACUCAGUCAAUAGCCACUGUAAGUUACUGUGUUGUAUGUCCUCAGGUCAUUUGCUGAAGCAUGAAUACGUGGAUGACGAGUGUAGCGAUGUGAAUGGCCCGGGGAAGAUAGUGGAGCUACUGCACAUACGGAACUACAGCGCUUUCAUCGGCCCCGCCUGCUCCGAAGUAAGGUCACCACCUUCACCUGUAUAAAUAAAUAAAUCGUAAAUCAUAUUGCACUAACUAUAUUAUCUGCAUUACAAUCCAAUGAUGAUAGAACACCCUCUUUAGGUGUGUGCGAUCACUGCCAAGCUCGCAGCUUUCUGGAACAUUCCCGUGGUCAGUCCCACCUGUGCAGACCAGCAAUUUCUCAUCAAAAAGGUCAAAUAUCACUUUAAUAUAACUCAUAUACCAAUAACUAACUAUAACUAACUUACAUCCCUCAGAACCUGGAGUACACAGUUGCUACUUUAUCACAUGCUAUUUUCUGUGACGGUGACAGGCUUACCCCACUCUUACCAGAGUGUUUGGCCCCUUCACCAAGAUGGGCUUGUUCUUCGUGAAGAUCUGUGAGAAGUUUGGCUGGAGACGUAUAAGCAUUAUCUACGACCACAGACCUGCCUGGAUCAUCCCUGCUGAGGGAAUCAGGUACGAUACGACGCCGCACGAUACAAUACAAUAGAUACACUUGAAAUAGGACACUGGAAUGUGAGGUAGGGCUACAUGUAGGGAGGAACCUGAGAAAAUGAGCUACCGUUUCUAUUUCUAUAAGGUAUCAAGCUGAAGUCAAUAAUAUCACUGUGGCUAAAUACCUGGAGUUUCGAACACCUCUCGGGCAAGACAACACUCACACAGCCCUCACACAAGCACGUAUGCUACAGGAGGUUGCCGAGGUGUCUCGCAGUAAGUCAUUUUUUGGAAUGUUCUAUUAGGUUAUUGGCUCUGUAUUCCAAUGUCCACACCAGCGUACUAUUUACAAUUAACAUUUACAUUUACAUUUUAGUCAUUUAGCAGACGCUCUUAUCCAGAGCGACUUACAGGAGCAAUUAGGGUUAAGUGCCUUGCUCAAGGGCACAUCGACAGAUUUUUCACCUAGUCGGCUCGGGGAUUAGAACCAGCGACCUUUAGGUUACUGGCACUACGCUCUUAACCACUAAGCUACCUGCCGCCCCGGCCAUGCAUUCUAACUGGUAUACUAGUAUGGGUAUUUUAAUGUAGCCUAUAUUUAGUAUUUGUGUCUUGCCCUGUAGUCAUAGUGAUCUCAGCGCGUGGGGAGGUGGUCAGGGGCUUCCUGAUCGAGGCCCACAGGAGAGGCCUCACCACAGGAGAUUACGUCUUCUUCUGCUUCGAGCCCUACAGGCAGGAGGAGAUGUUUGGCAAAUUUGACUGGAAAAGAGGUAGGGUGUGUCCCAAUUGGCACCCUACGAUACAAUACAAUACAAUACUACAUGGGAAUUUUGGGAAUGCUACUGGAAUUUUACAACCUUAGGACAAAUCCAUGAAUGGUGUUGAUGUGUUGUAGGAGAUGUGGAUGACUCUGUGGCUAAGCAGGCCUACAAGGCUCUGUUUCUACUCUCUCUGUACAAACCCAACGACCAGAGGUACUGGAACUUCUCCAACGACGUCAUCCGCAGAUCCAGAGAGGACUUUGGCUAUGGCUACGCACCCAACGAAAAGGUGUGCUAUAAAAUACACACACACCUGUCGAUUGACCCUGUCUGGAGUGCCAGAUGGGGCUGGGCUUUCUACUUUUGGGACGAUUUCAUUGAUUCCAUUGCGCCAGGCAAGCUCAAUUCAGCGCAGCUAAAAGAUUUGACCGAUUUCCAAAUACUAUUUUGAACCCGGGUCUGGUACUUAGCUACUAUGUUUAGCUGUAUAUAUACUGUACACUCUUAGAAAAAAGGUGCAAUCUAGAACCUAAAAUAGUUAUUCGGCUGUCCCUGUAGGAGAACCCUUUGAAUAACCUUUUUUGGUUCCAGGUAUAACCCUUUUGGUUCCAGGUAUAACUCUUUUGAAUUCCAUGUAGAACCCUUUCUACAGAGCGUUCUACCUGGAACCCAAAAGGGUUCUACCUGGAACCAAAAUGGGUUCUCCUAUUGGGACAGCCGAAGAACCCUUUUGGAGCACUUUUUUCUAAGAGUGUAUAUACAGUAUAUGUAACUCUCUGUUUCUGACUGUUUGUCCAAUGGCAGGUGUCGGUGCUGGCAGCCAUAGCCCAUGACUCUGUAUGGCUGUACGCUCAGGCUCUGAAUGAAACCCUGGCGGAACACGGAGACCCGUACGACGGCUUCACCAUAACCCGCAAGAUGUGGAACCGAACCAUCACAGGUCAGCCAUUUUGUAUUAUUUAUUUCACCUGGUAGUUAUAACUUUAAUGGUUAAUGGUUGCAGUUAAAGGUCAUUGAGAUUAUAUACAGAUAUGAUUUACAGUUAUUUACAAGAGUAAUUGUAUUUUAUUUAUAAAAUGCAAUUAUUUCAUUUUCUUUUAUCGUUUUGCACAGCAGUCCCAUUGAUGUCAAAAUGCCUAUUUUUCAAGGGAGACCUGGCAGCUUCAUUGCCUCACAGAGAGAUGUACAGGUAACUGCAAAAACAAAGAAAAAACUUGAGUAAAUGAGGAAUACAAAGUAUAUUGAAAGCAGGUGCUUCAACAGUUAAUUAAGCAAUUUACAUCCCAUCAUGCUUUGGGUCUUGUAUAAAAAUAACCUGUAGCCCAUUAUUUUGGCCCAAUGCCUUAUUAAGACACUAUGUUGGUGUUUCCUUUAUUUUGGCAGUUACCUGUAUAUGACUGUAUUUAAAACAUAAUGACACAUAAGGUGUGGAUAGCCCAUAUGUUCGUUUUCUGGACUCUAUCCGUUAGGUAUCCAGGGUGACGUUACCAUGGACGCCAAUGGAGACAGGGAGACUGCCUAUAUGAUGAAACACAUCCAGGGCGGAGACAACGACAGCGAGUUCAAAGUCAGACGCUGAUACACUAUCACUCUCUCUCUUUCUCUCUGUCACUCGCUCUCUUUUCUUUCUAUCACUCUCUCUAACACUUUCUUUCUAUUUCUAGCACUUUGUCACUCUCUGUCUCUCAGUCCUUCUGUCUCUUACAUCACACUCUCUCUGUCACUCUCUUUCUUCAUCUUUGUCUUGCCAUACCUCUGUCUCUCUCUCUGUCUGUUUGCCUAUUUCUCUAUUGAAAAAAUAAGAAUAUAAUAAUGUAUCGCUCUCUCUCUCUCUUGCUCGCUGUCACUCUCUCCCUCCUGCCCCUUUUAUAAAAUCUCCUUCCCCCUCUCUCUCUCUCAACUCUCUGUUUUCCCUUUAUUUUCUGCUAAUGUCUACACAGUGUUCACAUCUUAAGCAACCACUUUUAUCACAGCCUGUCCAAAAUGUAAACACUCUUCUGAACAAUUACAGUGCUGAUUUAAUGCUUUGCCACUGUAUCUAUUGUCGUUUUGCUUUUCAACCCCAAUCUGUCUCGUUGGCCCACAUUUCAGUUGUCUGAUUUCAGUGUAUUUCUGAUCCUGUACACACACACACACACACAAAUUGUCCCGGAAUCUCCAACCAUGCCCAGCUGGCACUGCAGGCACGCUGAAGCAAAUGCUCAAAGUAUUUGAAUAGCAAACAAAUACUACUUGAACCCAGGUGCAGUAAUAGAAAAUAACAACUGAGAGUUGCAGAGUGGCGGAGGCCCCAUUAUACAGGUUAGGGAUGGCAGACUCCUACACAAAAGGGCGACAUGACGGGCAGAAUCCUGGGAGAGAGAGAGAGAGAUAAAGAGAGAGGUGGACAUGCAGUGCAACACACACACGACCCUACUCUCCUCUCAAGUACCCACCUAGGACCAACUUGGCCAUUAGGGCCACUACUAAAAGCUCUUGAGAGUGCAUUCUCUUAAUUACCGCCUUGAAAUGGCUUUGAAGAUUGGAUCUUAAUGUUUCAAAUUGUAGUUGUUGAAAUAAACAUAUUUUGUUGCAACAUUCUUCUCUGAUGGCCCCUCGUUGCUGGUUUCAUUGCAGCUAACCAAAAUGAAGGACUUUCUUCCUGUCCCAUGUAAUUUUGGUUUCUGUGAAUGUGGUUUCUUCCGACCAUGCAUCACCUUUCAAGACUCAUGUCUUCCCAGGAAACGAGUGAUGUGGCAAUAAAAUGAGUCAAUUUAAAGAAGAUCUAAGGGAAAUGUAAACAGAUCAGCCAGGAGGUUUUGAGCUUGCCAAUAGUGAGGGCAUGCAUACUGGGAAAACAACAAUUAGAAUUGGCAUGCACUGUGAGACAUUCAGUAUUACAGUAGAUCUGGCUCGUAUUUUGGAUAGCAGCUGGAUGCUAUAUUGAUUACUAUGGCAAAUUAAGAUCAUGCCAGCAACUACUGUAUGUGACAUCCAUAGACCAUUUCUAAAAGGAAAAUCACUCGUAAACGUUAACUUCCUGGCCCUUCUUACUGUGAUUGACUUCCCUGAAAUGGGCUGCGUCCAACACACAGCCUUUAAUGUGCAAACAUUUUUAAGUAACCAUAGAUGGUCAUGGUAUCUUCUCCCCUGGUAGGUUAUCGCCAAUUACUUUGGUACGAAUAAGGCUUAUGAGCCAGUGGAGGGGGUCCAAGUCUACUGGCCAGGAGGGAGGAAGACUCCACCGAAGGACACACCCGACUUUGACUUCAAAGAUGAGCUCUUCAAUAACGGUACUGUGUGUUUGUUACACCAAUGGACCUUCUCUAGUAUUCUCUAGUCUCCGCAGUACGCACAUUAUCAUUUUGUGUUGAGUUGAUAGCUGACCCUUAACAGACCUGCUUGGGUUAGGUAGAUAUGACCAAAAAUGCAGCUGCUGGUGAAAUUUUGUCCCAUGCUUUCUGGUAAUACUUUUUGUCAGUUUAAUGCAAUGAUGUAUACAAACCCUGGAUUGCUGAUGAUAUGCGCCAUUGAGAGGCUUUGAAGCCACCGGUCGGCCAUAUUGGCACUCUCCAGUAGGUGCAGUCAUCCAUAGGAAUUAAUGGAAUUGUACAGUAUUUCAAUUAAAUGUUUCAAGGACAAAAUGUAUUUAAGUAUUUUGAUGUUGUAGUGGGGACAGUACCAUUAGUAAUCCAAAAAUAUAUAUACUUUAAAUAAGGAAAAUUAUGUAUAUAUGUUUCUAUUUUUAUGUUUAGCUCACGUAAUAUAAUUUAAAAGUAUGCAUUAAGGUGUCUGUAAUAUUAUAAAUGUGGCAAAAACGAAUGUAGACAUUAAUAAAUGCAUUUCUAUAGCUUCCAAAAAUAUUUUUUUGCAACGUGGGGGAGUGCCAAGAUGGAGGCAAAGUGGCUUCAACACAGCACCUCCUGUUAGCCAUCUAGUGUAUAUAUAAAUCAUUGGUCUCAUUAUAUAAAUGUAUAAUUUAUUUAGUCAUAAUUUAUUUCCAAUCUUUAUUCAUUUAUCAAAGUACAUUAAUUUGAUUAGUUCAUUUGUUUACUUGAUGAAGAACAGCAGGCAGCAGGCAUUGUGGUCUGUCCGCUCCAGGCUUGUAUGUCCUUAGAUGUCAUGUAAGUAUUGUCACUUGACAGCAUAUGCAGUGUGUUACCACACCAACAGGCGGAGCCAGAGCCCCAUAUAUCCUCUAAAGCUGUGUCUGUUCUGUUGGUGUCGGUUCAACUUCUCUGCUCUCUGAUAUGCUGUGUAUGCACCUGAUUGCUCCGGCUACACCAUAGUUCACCCAACUCCCAUCAACCCCGGUACCGGCACUGUCUCCCCCAAGAUUAACACAAGGAGGGAGGGAGAAAGAGAAAGGAGGGAGCCAGAGAGAGGGAGAAUGACGGAGGCAGAGAGAGAGAGAACCAGAGAGAACGAGAAUUGACUCCCAAAAACAGUUACACAUUGAAUUAUUCACUAGUGCCUGCUGGACGAAAGGAAAUCUUUAUUUUAUUUUCCACUGAAAUAUGGACUUCUUUUAAUACCGUUUUAUUAAAGUCCCCCCCAGCUACCUAGGUAGACCUCAGUCUACCUCAUAACGGUCUAGCCAGGGUUAUGUAACAGGGAUUCCGUCCCAAAUGGCACCCUAUUCCCUACACAGUCCUGGUCAAAAGUAGUGCACUGUUAAGGGAAUAGGGUGCCAUUUGAGACGUAACCAGGGUUUUAUUCUUUGUUAUCAAUUGUUUUCUAUCCGGAAUUCUCUCUGGAUGGAUUUGAUAUGUGGUCCGAAAAUGUUUUCUUUGCCGUUGCUUCCAGCUUGGUUUGGCAGACAGGGACUCGUACAUAUGGCCCCGUGAAGAAUGUGUGGAACUUAUUGAUGUUUGGGCUUUAUUAUAUAUAUUUUUAAAAUUAGUAUUAAGAAGGGAUAAUGUGGAAGAGAUGCAAGAAUGCAAAUGAGAAAGUUUUGUUUGGCGACCUGUUUAUGAAAAUAACACUUUUAUACAUUUAUGAGUAAAAUAAUCCCCUUAAAAUGAUGAUGAAGAUAAAGAUUUGAACUUCUAAUCUAAUACAUUAGAUACUUUAUUUAUUUAUCCUUUAUUUAUUCAGGAGUUUAUAUUGAGAUGAGCAAAUCUAUUUCCAAUUGAGUCAUGAAAAGCAAUAAAAUAAAUGUUUAAUAAAAGGUUUGUUUGAAAACAGUCUAUGCUACCAUAUAUUUCGGGCAGUACCAUUUGGCAUUGUCAACCUGUUAUCGAAGCUUAUGCUACAGUGUAUUUGUGUUGCAGAGAGGAGGUUUGCGAUAGCUGUGGGGACCAUUGCUGUUUUCCUGGCCACCGGGACACUUAUCGUUUGUCUUCUCUACAGGUACACACACACACACACACACACACACACAGACACACACAGAGACACACACACACAGACAGACAGACUCACGCACGCACGCACGCACUCACUCACUCACUCAGUCACUCACACACCUAGUAUUGUAUUUUUUCCAUCUAGUGGUAGUCUAGCCGUGCAAACGUACAACAUACAGCACUGUUCCGGUAAGUAAUGUGGAUAGUCCAUAAUGUGGAUCUCGCUCUAUCACUCUCACUUGCUCUUACUUCGUGAUUAAAGGAGUUUUUCAGCAAACGCAGGGAUUUUUGAAUAUUCCAGAAUUAUUCAGGAAAGUGGGGAGAGGACGUCAUAAGGCUCACAUUGCUUUCAAACAAAGGAUGGAUUAAUGAAGAAUGAAUCUGUACUGACUUUUUCUCGUCAUGAACUCACUCAAAGCCCCGUGUGUGCGUGCAUGUAAUUGUGUGUGUGUGCGGUGUGUGUGAACCCACUCAAACCUGUGUGUGAGUGAGCAUGCAUGAAACUAUCAUCCUUAGGAAGAAGUCAUUAUCUCGGAUGUCUCAGUAUCUCAGCCUCUAGUUUAGCCUCCAUUACCCUUUCAUGUGAUAAAUUGACUUUUCCUUUCCAAAUGAUUACUUUUAAAUUAUCAUUUGAAGUGGGAACAUUUAUGCUAUAAUAUGAAUGGCGUCGUGAUCGCUAGUCCUGGAAUGAAUGAGGGAGUAGGCCUUGAUGCCCACGAGCAUUAAGAAUGACGGUUCAAUAAUAGUUAAUAAUAGAGAGAGAGAAAGGGAGAGAGAGAGCGAGAGAGAGGGAAAGAAAGAGAGAGAGAGAAUGGUACACUGUACUACUGUGAAGGCCCUAUCUGCAGCCGACGUGUAGGCAUUGUGUUCACAACGCAUGAAACAAGUUCUGACAUUGUUUAUUAGGUAGAGCAAGUUUGUAGAUUUGAAAUUGUGUGUAAGUCCUAUAUAAUAGGUCUGAAGUAAUGUUGCAGACACUAAAAUGAUCUAAAUGUAUGAAACAAGAAUUGACAAUUGUGUUCCCCUACCUGUAAAUGAAGUGUAUGAAAUACAUUUGACAUUGUGUAUAAAAGCCAAUUGAACAGGUGCCAGUGUUGUGACCCAGGCACAAACAUGUGCAUGUGUGACAGAGUGGAAAUUCCACUAGUUACAUAUGCACUAAACCCCCAUGGAACAGGCUUUGAUGUUGCUUUGCACUGUUAUAUGAGAUUUACAUACAAUAGAAAACCUGCACAGGUUCUCAAGAGAAAUACAAUUCGAUGUAGUGUAAAUUGCAGGGUCAUCAUGAUGUUAUUGACCCAGGAAGUACUUCUCUUGUGACACAGGAAGCACAUCAUCCAGAAGAAGGUGUCUGUGAUCCUAUGGAGGGUUAGCCCCGGUGAUUUCACCAUGAUGGAGCACAGCUCGUCCUCGGCAGGAAAGGUGAGGCAGGGGAGGAGGAGUUUGAGUCACUGGCCACGUUCCAGGCUGACUACACUGCAGACGCCUGCUAGAUCUCCCACGCCUGGAUAGGUGUUUAACAUAUCAGCUAUCAUCUGAUGCCUGACUGCACAUUUUAUGACGUACACGUUACCUUUGGUUGAUGCCAAACCCCCCAAAGCAUGUAUUCCCUACAGUAGCACCUUACUCUCCUUUCCUUAAAACUGCAGCGUUACGACCGUACUGAAGCAAGCACUUCAUUUUUCUAUUCCUCUACUUUCUUUUAGAGCAUAAUUUCAUCAUUAUACAUUUUUCAUUUUGCCAUGACCAUACUGCCUUUACUAUUGUGAAUUGGUACUCAACUUUGCGCACCCACUCCUCUCAGUUACUAUGGCCUGUUUUGAAUGUGUAAUGAAAAGCAUAACUAAGGAGAAACAACAAACAAUUCAGUGUGAUGACAUUGACAAGGAUCAACGAAUAAAAGCCAUAUGCCAUUUAGCAGACACUUUUAUCCAAAGCAACUUACAGUUAUGGAUGCAUACAUUUUAAGUAUGGGUGGUGGCAGGAGUCGAACCUGCUGUCCUGACGUUGCAAGCGCCAUGCUCUACCAACUGAGCUACGGUGGACCACAGAGAAUGGCGCGCACGCACGCACACCACACCACACACACACACACCACACACACACCACACACACACACACACACACACACACACACACACACACACACACACACACACACACACACACACACACACACACACACACACACACACACACACACACACACACACACACACACACACACACACACACACACACACACACACACACACACACACACACACACACACACACACACACACACUACUUCAAUGGUCACGUGGCUCAUAUAAAGUUCAUGAUAAAGUAGACUGCUGUGUGUUUACUAGGUACCGUACCUCAACUCCAACUCCAUCCACGCUUCUCUGGAGUCCAUCCUCGGAAAUAUGAAAGACAAACCAUCCUCCCACAGAACGGCCGUUUAUAAAGUGAGAAUUGCUUGUCCUUAUUGGUAACUUUUAUGAUGUUGUUUUUGGCCCUUGAGUUUUUCCUGUUAGGGAUAAUUAACUUCUGAUUGGUUGUCCUUAUUGGCAACACUUUACCUUUACAAUGUUGCAUUUAGGGCCUUGAGUUUUUCCUAUAACUUACCUGACUGGAGGGGGAGAGAGAGGUGAGAGGGGGAAUAUAACUUGGGCCCAGAGUUUUUCCUGGCUACAAACUCUAGGGCUAGGCCUUAUUUAUAUUCAAUCCCCACCAUGCCUCAGACGUGGAAUAACUAUACUUUGAGACUUUCUUACCGUAAUACGCAGGUGUCCAAACUCGACACCUGGUCCUGUGAAAUUACAUCUAAUGAAAUGAUCCUGCUGAUUAGAAGCCAGGCUGUGCCAUUAUGUAUUUUCCGUCAUCAUCAUUAUCGUCAUGGGGCUUUGGGUUAUUUUUAGUCUGCCAUUUUGGCUCUGUCGUUCCCCCCGGUUUCUUUCAGGAGAACAUCUGUUCAGUGCGACUGCUGAAUGUGAAGAGUGUGUGUCUGAACAGAGAGCUGCUCACUGAACUGAAACAGGUGAGGCCCUCCUCGCUGUAGAGAAGUGUUUGUGUCUGUUAUCGUUAUCGAGUGUUAGUAGAGAGUGGAGUGCUUAAUGUAAUGUUUAUGAAUACUGAUGCUGUAAGUUUAUAAUUUUAUCAUAUCUGUUUUAUAUGGACUCCUCUCUCUUUCUCUCUCUCUCUCUCUCUCGCACAUGCGCGCGUGUGUGCAGUGUAAAGAUUUGAGCCACCCAAACAUCUGCAGCUUCAUCGGUGCUUGUCUGGAACCUCCACAGCUCGUUCUGCUGACUGAGUACUGCCCUAAAGGGAGCCUGCGGGUAACCCACACACACACACACACACACACACACACACAGACAGGCAACAUUACACACACCACUGCUUUAAACGCACAUAACCCUCUCUUCACUGCUUCUUCGAUACAUCACAAGAGCAAUAAAGUCCAAUUGCACCUCCCGAACUCCAGGACAUUUUGACGAAUGGUUCCAUUAAGCUUGACUGGAGCUUCAAGUUCUCCCUGAUGCUGGACAUUGUCAAGGUACAUUUUCUCACAACUCUAGAUUUUUCAUGCGUUAUGAGUUACAUAAUGUAUAUGACUGUCUCAAUGGGAGUGAUACAAGGCAGACAAAACUGAAGUGGAAGUUGAUAUCAGUGCAAUUCCAGUCUGUGUGGGAAUUGGUUCUAUCAAACUGAAAUGUGUGUGUGUGUGCGCGCGUGUGUUCGCUUUAGGGGAUGGACUACCUGCACCGCAGCCCCCUGCGCUCCCAUGGUCACCUGUCGUCAUCUAACUGUGUGGUGGAUAGUCGCUUCGUCCUCAAGGUGACCGACCAUGGCCUCAGUCUCCUCAGAAGACCCCCAGGACAGGACGAGAAGGGCUGGUCCAAAGAACACUGGACAUGUAAGUGUAGGGUCGCAACAUUUCGGUAACUUUCCCAAAAUUCUCAGGUUUUCCAGAAAUCCCAGUUUCCCUGAAUCAGGAGGGAAUAAGCAGGAAAUCCAUAGUCUUCCAACCAGGAUUUCUGGAAAACCUUGGAAUUUUGUAAAGUUACCAUAUAAAAGGAGGGAAAAGCGAGAGGGGCGAGAAAGAAGAAAGGAGAAGAGGGAGAAAGAGAUGACAGAUACACAGUGGUAAACAGUGUAACUAACAAUAUGAGCUUUUCAUACAUUAAGCCCCUCUCUCUUCCCAGCCUUACUGUGGAGGGCCCCGGAACUGCUGAGGGACAGCAUGCCCUCCUCUGGCACCCAGAAGGGGGAUGUCUACAGUUUUGGCAUUAUUGUUCAGGAGGUGGUGUACCGCAGCGGCCCUUUCCACAUCCCCAACAACAACCUCAAGGCAAGAGGUAUGUAGAGAGAGACCCCCAUACCUUACUGCUCUGGGUUGUGUUCUCUCCUCCUCACUGUCUUAUUCAAAUCUCUCUCUCUCUCUCUCUCUCUCUCUCUCUCUCUCUCUCUCUCUCUCUCUCCUACUCUCUUCAUCUCUCCUCUCUCCUCUCUCUCAUCUCUGCUCUCCACAUCUCUCUCUCUCUCUCUCUCUCUCUAACUUAAUGUCAAGUACUAGCUCCAGACACUCACUACUAAAGAAUCGCACUACUCUCUCUCUCUCUCUCUCUCUCUCUCUCUCUCUCUCUCUCUCUCUCUCUCUCUCUCUCUCUCUUCCCCCCCAGACAUAGUGGAGAGGGUCAGGGCCGGGGUGGGCGUGGGGGGCGGAGGUAGCCCCCUCAGGCCCCACACGGACAGGGCAGAGUGUCCAGAGGGUGUGGAGGCUCUGCUUUGGGCGUGCUGGAGUGAGAGACCCAGCGACCGACCAGACUUCUCCUCCCUCAGGGUGACCGUAAAGAAACUCUGCCCCAGCGGGUGAGACAUCACAGUC